AUGACUACUGUGCAGGAAAUGGCUGUUGAUUCACGUCCCUCUCCUGGCACCUCUUCACAGCAAACCACUCCUGCUUUCUCGGAUACCCCAAAGGCUUCUGCAAAGCCAUUGUCUCCCAUUCUCAGUCCUAUUACGAGCCCUAAGCCACUCCUAAAGGUUGACACCACCAAUUUUGGAGGUGAUCUAGAGCUGCCACCACAGGUGCCUCCAAAGUCACCCACUGUCGAACGCAAAGGCUCACCCACCCCUCUUGUACUCAACUCAAAGGCCAGCAGAACACAGCUCAUGACGCCAGCCUCUGUGACAUCAGGUGGAAACACACCUCUCAGCGCAGCCGACACUCGACGAUCUCCUAAUGCCAUCCCACUACCCACUCCACCUACCACAUUCAUCAACCCAUUCAGCACAGCUUCACCGGCAUCGAGCCGAGGCUCGCCGCGAGUCGAGAGGAGGGACCCAAUAUUAGCAGUAUCCUCCUCACACAACAGGAACAUGUCAGAAUCGUCCGUCAUGGAUCGAGGUCGACCAUCGCGACGAAACAGUAGUAAGCGGCAAAGGGAUAGGGCCAUGUCAGAGGCACAGAAUGCUGAACCGCCGACACCAGACCCAUGGCAGCUACCCCACGGCAUGCGUGUGCCUGAGGCAUCCAGACGUAUGAGCGACGCGGACAAGUCACUACUCCACAAACAAGCCUACGACCAGGCCGGCAAUUUCGAAGUUUUGAACAAGCGCGAUGUUGCCUCCUUGUCCAGAGAACUCAGAGCUCUCGACGAAAGAUGCGACUACCUUCGCAAGACCUAUAAGUCUCUGCGAGCAGGUCGACAGAAGCUGCAUGGCCGCAUGAUCUCCUACCUUAGACGAGGAGAGACCGUCAUCUUUUCUCGCGAAUCACUUCUUAAACAAGAGGAAGCCCUAGCUGAGCUGGACGUCUCGAUCGAUGAAUUCAUCCUGAAGCUGGAGCAAGCGGAGAACCGACGCCUUCGACUUCGACAAAAACUUCUCGAGCACGUUGCAGCAGCCAUUGUUCUUAACCCGAGUGCUGCACGCGAAGACAUUGCACAGACUACACCUCCCCGCAGCCCGACCAAGGUCGCAGUCAGCCCUUCCGCGGGUGACCGCAAAACCACCGAGUCAAUUAAGAUCUACGCUGAUGGUCACGUUUUGAACCUCUUCUCCGACAUUGAGAAGGCAAUUGGCAAGAUGUGCGAGCAGACUUGUUAG